GGAGGAAGGAGUGGAUUUAAUGAACAGAGAAGCAGCGCAUGAAAGGUGAGUGUUAUUGAAAGAAGAUGAUAAAAUAGCCAGAGUUAUCCUCUUUGUAGCUACUGAUGGGGUUUUUUGUGUUCUAGGGAAGUGCAGACAGCAAUGCAGAUAAGCCAGUCAUGGGAGGAAAGCUUGAGCCUGGUAAUCUCUUUAUAGAUGUUUCCUAUUGAAUUCUACUUUCACACUCAAUUGAUGAAUUUAAGGGCAAGAGAGGAAUUAACUGUGACAGUAAUUUAAGAAGAACUUAGGUUCAUCUGCUUUAGCUACUUUGUGCAUUUGACCCAAUGACUUUCCAUUAGAAGGUUGUGCCUCGGAUUUCAAGGUAAUGUCCUGUGCCAAUGUUGAGUCUCAAACUUUGUGUUCACAGAGUGACAAUGACUUGGACAAGUCUGAGAAAUCCUUUUCCCCAAAGAGAAUAGAUUUCAUCCCAGUUUCGCCUGCACCUUCACCUACAAGAGGAAUAGGAAAGCAAUGCUUUUCACCAUCAUUGCAGAUGUUUGUGAGCAGUAAUGGAUUACCUCCAAGUCCUAUUCCCAGUCCAACAAGGCGAUUCUGCAACAGGAGGAGUCAGAGUCCAAUCAACUGUAUCAGGCCCAGUGUUCUUGGCCCCCUUAAAAGAAAAGGUGAAAUGGAAACUGAAAGUCAGCCAAAGAGACUUUUCCAAGGAACAACCAACAUGCUUUCUCCAGAUGUUACACAUCUGACAGAUCUCAGUUCAUGCCUGUCCUCGGACAUUCUUGAUGGGAGUAGCAGCAGCGUUGGCUCUUCCUCUGAUUCCCUGACUAAAGGCAGCAUCACCACCGAGUCUCCAGUCACAUGCUCCAACUCCUGCUCUUCCUUCAUUCUGAUGGAUGACUUCUCACCCAAGUGACUUACCAAGUCCUGAGUCAGUGUCUGGCUGUGCUGUCCCCUUGCUGUACACUCGUACAGAGAAAUGAACUCUGAUCCUUGAAUCAUGACUAUGAGGUUUAUGAAAAGGAAAAAUUGUUGUUACUGUAAUCUUGGCUACUUUCCAGUGAUUAUUUUUGUUUAUCCAUUUAAUGGACAUUGUACAUUCAUGUCUGGGUUUGCCAGUUUAUUUGUAAAACGAGAGAUGUCUGCUGAUAUU